GAUCUCCAUCAGCAGGGCCUGGGGUUAUUCAAACCCUGUCUUUCUUUUCUUUCUGUUUUGCCUCUUCGGAUUUCUUCUUUCCGUACAAUACGACGACAGCUGUUAGCCAGACACAAUGGUGGGCUCUGAUCUCGUCGACCACUCCCCCCACCAUCCGACUAAGGCCGCGAAACUCGACAGUGCCUCAAACGUGAUUCUGAUCGAUAACUACGACUCUUUUACUUGGAACGUCUACCAGUACCUUGUGCUGGAAGGCGCCACCGUCACUGUCUACCGCAACGAUGAAAUUACCGUCGAGGAACUAGCCGCCAAAAAGCCUACCCAGCUAGUGAUCAGUCCAGGACCUGGCCAUCCGGACACUGAUGCUGGGGUCAGUCGCGCUGCCAUCGAGCACUUCAGCGGCAAGAUUCCGAUCUUUGGGGUCUGCAUGGGCCAGCAGUGCAUCAUAUCGUGUUUUGGCGGCAAGGUUGACGUGACGGGCGAAAUCUUGCACGGCAAGACAUCUGUCUUGAAGCAUGACGGUAAAGGAGUCUAUGCCGGCCUGCCCGCAAAUUUUACGAUUACCCGCUAUCAUUCACUGGCUGGCACGCACUCGACUAUUCCUGACUCGAUCGAGAUUUCGUCUUGGGCAGAACUCCAAAAUGGCAACAACAGCAAGGGUGUGAUCAUGGGGGUUAGACACAAGAAGUUUGCCGUGGAGGGUGUCCAGUUUCACCCAGAGAGCAUUCUCACCGAGUACGGCCGCGCGAUGUUUAGAAAUUUCUUGAACCUUCGGUUUGGCACCUGGGAAGAGAACAACAAGCUCGCUGGUCAGAAGACUGUCGUCGCCGCUAAUGGCUCAGUUGUCGGGAAGACUGACAAGAAGACUUCAAUUUUGGAUAAAAUCUACGAUCACCGUAAAGCUGCCGUUUCUCUCCAAAAAACAAUUCCAUCCCAGAGACCAGAAGAUCUUCAGGCUGCCUAUGAUCUCGGGAUCGCGCCUCCCCAGGUUCCAUUCGCCGCUCGUCUUCGCCAGUCGGCCUAUCCGCUGUCGCUCAUGGCAGAAAUCAAGCGCGCGUCUCCAUCGAAGGGGAUGAUCGCUUCUUCUGCCUGCGCUCCUGCUCAAGCCCGGAAAUAUGCCAAGGCCGGAGCCAGCGUGAUUUCAGUUCUCACCGAGCCCGAAUGGUUCAAGGGCAGCAUCGAAGACUUGCGCGCUGUCCGCCAGAGCUUGGAAGGUCUCACGAAUCGCCCCGCCGUUUUGCGCAAGGAAUUUAUCUUUGAAGAAUAUCAGAUCUUGGAGGCACGACUGGCUGGUGCCGACACAGUCCUCCUCAUCGUCAAGAUGCUUAGCGUUGAACUACUGAGCCGCCUCUACCACUAUUCUCGCAGUCUGGGAAUGGAGCCGCUCGUGGAAGUCAAUACCGCCGAGGAGAUGAAGAUUGCUGUGGAUCUUGGCGCCGAAGUGAUUGGAGUCAACAACAGAGACUUGACCAGUUUCGAGGUCGACCUUGGUACCACCAGCCGCCUUAUGGAUCUGGUUCCCGAGACGACCAUCGUUUGUGCUCUUAGCGGUAUCUCCGGUCCCAGUGAUGUGGAGGCCUACAAGAAGGAUGGUGUGAAAGCCAUUCUUGUGGGUGAAGCUCUCAUGCGCGCCCCCGACACUUCCGCAUUUGUCGCCGAACUCCUUGGUGGCUCUACUGAACAAAUCUCUGUUGGAAUCAGGAACUCGCCUCUCGUCAAGGUCUGCGGGACCAGGUCCGAGGACGCCGCCCAGGCCGCCAUUGAGGCUGGUGCGGACUUAAUCGGUAUCAUUCUCGUCCACGGACGCAAGCGUCUUGUUCCUGACGAUGUCGCUUUACGAAUCUCCCAGACAGUCAAAUCCACACCUCGUCCCGCGACUCAAGCUAGUGUGGCUUCGAAUGUUGGAACUUCCGUGGAUUACUUCGACCAUUCCGCCAAGACUUUACGACACCCUACCCGUGCCCUGCUGGUGGGCGUCUUCCAAGACCAACCCUUGUCUUACGUUUUGGCUCAGCAGCAGAAACUGGGUCUGGAUGUCGUGCAGCUUCACGGCUCCGAGCCCCUGGAAUGGGCGCGCCUGAUCCCCGUCCCGGUCAUCCGCAAGUUCGCCUUGGGAGAAAUUGGCAUCGCGCGCCGCGCCUACCACACCCUCCCUCUGCUGGACUCUGGAGCCGGUGGCUCUGGUGAGCAGCUUGACGAGGCCAAGGUUCAAAAGACUCUUAGUGGUGACGACGGUCUGAGAGUGAUUUUUGCCGGCGGCCUUAACCCCGAGAAUGUCACUGCCAAAAUCAAGGCGUUGGGCGAUCUCGGACACAAGGUUGUUGGCGUAGACGUCAGCUCGGGAGUUGAGACCAACGGCUCUCAGGACCUCGAAAAGAUAAAAGCAUUUGUGCAGGCGGCUAAAAGCAUUCAGCAGUAGUUAAACAUGCAGACUUUGAAGACUUGACGAGUUCGGUUUUAUUCUACUUUAUAUAAAGUUAAUGAUGAUGAAUUUUCUCAUUCAAUUCUUACUCCAGUCUACACCCGUAGCUCUGGAUCUCUCACAUGCCUCUUACUUCCCAUAUACUGUUUUGUUCAACAGUGAGAGGCUCAACUGAGGCAUUUGAUACUAGCCUACUAAUGAGAUCAUAUAAAACG